AAUAACAAUAAUAACAAUGAAAAUAAAAAUAAUGACGAUGAUGAUGAUGAUGAUGAUGAUGAUGAUGAUGAUAACAUAUUCGUAAAAAAUAAGAGAACUCCCACUAAAUCAGAAAAAACACUUGAUAUCGAUCCAAAUUCGAUAAUACAUCCUUCGGACGAUAAAAAUUCUAGCGCAUCAGAUUUAAAAACAUCUGAAGUAUCAACAGAAAGUAAUGUUACCGAUAAUACACAAUCAAACUCCGGUACGACCCUUCAAAAAAAGAAACCUAGUUUACGAAAAAGUGUGACAAUGGGCCAUUUAUAUGUGGAUCAAAAACGUGAUGAUGAGGAACUUGAAUCUGAAUUUGUUGAAGAUCUUGCACCUUUGCCAAUUCCUCCAGCUCCAACAAAAUCAGAAAGACCUAUGAGUCGAAGUAAUUCAUCGCAUAAAAAAACUCAUAUUCGUUAUAAGAGUGAUCGUACUUCGGAAAUAUCAUUAAACAAAAAUGAUAAGAUACCUGGUUAUGCUGAUUAUAAGAGACGUGAAAGUAUGAGCGGAGCAUGUUCUUCCGGAGAUUUACCUAGAGAAAAACUGAUUUUAAAAAAUGAUGAUGAAAUAGUUGCGCAAUAUCAAUUAGGUAACUGUAUAGGAAAAGGACAAUUUGGUGCAGUUUACAGAGCAUUACAUUUAGGUACAGGGCAGAUGGUUGCUGUCAAGAGAAUUAAACUUGAGGGGAAAAUGUCUGAUGAGAUUGAACAACUUAUGCAUGAAGUUGAACUUUUAAAAUCACUUUCUCAUCCAAGUGUCGUCAAAUAUGAAGCAUUUAUUAUGACUGAUGAUCAUAUUAACAUUAUAUUAGAAUAUGUGGAAAACGGUUCCCUUCUACAUACACUUAAAUCAUUUGGAGCUUUUCCAGAGAAAUUGGUUGGUUCUUAUGUAGUUAAAAUAUUGGAGGGUUUGGUAUACUUACACACAAAGCAAGUUGUACAUUGUGAUCUUAAAGCAGCAAAUAUUCUUACAACAAAAAAUGGGAAUGUUAAAUUAUCAGAUUUUGGUGUUUCGUUAAAUCUUAAAAUGAUGGAGCAUGUUAGCACUGAAGUUGCGGGUACACCAAAUUGGAUGGCACCUGAAGUAAUUGAACUUAAAGGAGCGUCAACGGCAUCAGAUAUUUGGUCUUUAGGUUGUACUAUUAUUGAAUUAUUAACAGGGAAGCCUCCAUAUUCAGAUCUUCUUGCAAUGACAGCUCUAUUUAGAAUAGUAGAAGAUGAUUGUCCUCCUUUGCCAGAAAAUAUGUCUGAUGAUCUUACAGAUUUUCUUAAACAAUGCUUUCAUAAGAAACCUUCAAUGAGGCCAACUGCUCGAGAUUUAUUUAAACAUAAUUGGAUUAGAAGUAAUUGGGCGUUAAAAGAAUUGAGAACCCAGGAAAGUUUGCCAUUUUUACGAAGAAUAACAUCUGAUACUAAACUAUCUGAACUUAAUCCAAGUUCACUUAGCAACGUUAGUAAUAUUAAUGAUACUAUCAUAGAGAAUAGUAAUAAUGAAUCUCUUACAGAACCGGAAUCAACAACCCCAACAAUUGGUAGAAAGUCAGCUAGUUCUCCAAAUGUUGCUCUUACUCCAACAAAAUUAUUAGCAGCAACUCCUAUGGUCCCGCAUCGAUUUGUAAAGAACUCUUUUGGCAAACCCGUUACAUGCAAGAUAUGUCAAAGUACUGUUAAAAAACACGCUGUCAUGUGUGAAGAAUGUAAUAUGGUAUGUCACACGAAAUGUUCCCCAAAUGCACCAUUUCCAUGCACAUUAAAUAAUCACUUGAUAAGAUAUAUUCCGCUUGGAUUGAUUGAUGACCCACUUCCAAGGCUAAAUAGUAUAGGAACAUCAUCAGAUACAGAAGUUCCUACAAUAACGAGUCCAAUAAAUAGUUUACCAACAACUUUAACACCAUCUCCGCCAAAACGGAGAUUUGUUAAAAAAGCCAAAAAAGAAGACUCAAUAAAUUCACAAAUAUCAAUAGCGGAUAGUGUAGAUUCAUCGGCAUCGGCAGCGUCGAGUUCAAAUAUGGCGGAUUCGAGUUGGUAUGGUAAUAAUAGACAUUUUAGUAUAGAUAAUAUUAACAACAACAACAACAACGGAGGGGGGAGUGGUAAAGGAAGUGGGAAAGGUAAAGCAAAAUCAAAAAAGAAAAAUGAUAUUGGAUCAAAUGGUAACGGUAAUGGUCAUGGUAAUGGUAAAAAAGACGAUGAUUGUGUGAUUAUGUAAUUUUUUGUUGUUAAAUUUUUUAAAUUUAUUUUGUUAAAAAAAAAAAAUUAAUAAUUUCUAAAUUUAAAUUUAGCGUUUUUUUUU